GAAAUGAUCCUGACGCUGUUGGUAUCAGAGGUUUGAGGAACAGUUUCACUUCUUAAACUUUUCAAGUUUUAACGACGAGAGACGAUAAAUUUAUUUUUACCAACCAAACAUUAAUUUAAAAAACAAAAGAAUCAGAGAAAAGAGCUUAAAAAUCAAACAAAAGAAAGAAAAGAGAGAAGAGCCUGAGAACAACACUGAUGGAUGGAUGGAUGGACUGACACCUGAUGGGAUGAUAGACAGAUGGGUGGAUGGAUUGAUGGAUCGAUCGAUAAAUGAUUGGUGGAAGAAUGGAUUUGGUAUGAUUGAUAGUUUAAUGAUGGAUGGAUGAUUGCAUUAAUACAAUCCUCGUUUUUCCUUCAUGUGUGAGAAACAGGAGGCACUGAUCACCCCUCAUACACACUCGAACACCUCCACGAGUCUCCGUCUCACACACACACACACACACACACACACACACACACACACACACACACACACACCGUGCAGCAGCAGCAGCAGCAGCAGAUCGUCAGGAAGCAGCUCUGCGUUUUUUUUCCGGGCUGCACGGAUCUCUAACCGGGACCAACGGAACCAGAACCGGACCGCUGUUUCCCGGGUCAGCAGCAGGCAGGUGUGUCCGGUGUUCUGGCUCCGGUACCGGCUCCGGUUCUGCCGCAGGAGGAGGGAAGAAACGUGACGGGAAUCAAGGCGGAUCGAUGGUCUGAGGUGAGACCGGACCGAUCUGUUCUCAGAACGCACGGCGGCGCGCGUGCACGUAUACGUGUCUGUGUGCGCGUGCGUUCGUUUUAUGUGCGUGUGAACAAUGUGCACGUGCUGCGCGUGUGUGUGUGUGUGUGUGUGUUCUGCGGACCCUCUGACUCAUUGUUCAGCUGAAUCUGCAUCAGACAAUCAAACCGAGCCGGAACGUUCCCGGAUCAUUCAGGCUGCAGCGUGUGCGUGAGUGUGUGCGCGCGUGUGUAUGUGUGUGUGUGAGAGAGAGAAACCUGCUGUCCUGGUGGUCUGUCUGUAUCUGCGCUCUGAUUGGUCGGAGGUUAAUUGGCAGAGGUGUGUGUGAUGUUCAGGUCGUUGUGUCACGUGGCUGCAGAUGAUCAUGAUGAAGAAAAUGUGUUUCUGUGAGGGUCACUGCAGGUCAAACGAGGUGGUUAACGUGUGUGUGCGCGUGUGUGUGUGCGCGUGCACGCAGGUGGAUCAGGAUGAUGAUGAACUCGUCAGAGAAGAUGAAGAAGAAACCGCCGAAGGACAGUCUGACUCUGCUGCCAUGUUUCUACUUUGUGGAGGUGAGAAUCAGCCGCAGAAGGUCACAUGACCCGCCCCCCCGCUCUCCCUCACACACUUGACUGUGAACUCGUCUGCUGACCGUGAGCGAAGGUUCAAGUUUAAGGUCACAGAGAGCGAUGAAAACCUGAGACACCUGAACGCCACACAGAGCAGCAUCACCUUCAUCAACGUCACUGACCUUUAUCUACAGACAAGACAGAUCUAUAAUCCAGAUUCAGGUGAAAGAGCAGGUGUUUGAUGGAGAGCAACACAAGAAUAGAUGUUUCAUAAGUAGAUGUUCAAACCAAAAGAAUAACAAACCCGCUGAAGUGAGGUCUGUGUGUGCCAAACACGUCGACAGUGAAACUGAGACUCACCACAAACAGCCGAGAAGGCACUCCUCCUCUUCCUCUUCCUCUUCCUCUUCCUCCUCCUCUUCCUCCAUCGUUUGUGAUGAACCGAGAAACGAGUGAGUUCAUGUAGAAAUCCAGAUCUGAAGGGCGGAGAGGUUUACAAUGAGGGUCUGAGGAAGUCGGCGUCAUCAGAAAGAAAAACGUCGUAAACAGAAGUCAGCUGAUGGGUUCAUAGAUUAUUAAAAUACUUAAAGGGAUAUUCUGGAGUAAAAUUAAUUAAUUUAGGGUCAAACUCACAGUAACACCGAGUUAGACCCCCCCUCCAGAGAUGAAUGUUGUCGACCGCUUGCUUCUCUAGUUAUACCAACUUUAGUAACGACCGCAGGAUAGAAAUACAGAGAGACACGCCCUCAACCAAAACGCCACUCUAUAGCCACAAAUAAUGCUCAGAACAGCACCUAACUUCAUCAACAGGACAUAUAGGGUCACAGACAUAGUACUAGACACCAAACAUCUUUUUAACUUUGACUCAUUUCUUUAGCAAAGAGACUAAACACAACUCACCUACUCUCUUCCAGCAGCCGCUUGUUUGUAGUGAGACCUCAAGACAGUCCAUUACAGACUACAGCGGGGGUGCCGCAGCUCAAGGAAGAACAUUUAUGAUCAUUUCUUCAUGGAAAUGCAAACAUAGUUCUUGUCUAUAACUGUUAGUAUCGAGUGCUGGCUGUAAAAUAAGCGUAGAUGAACAUUUUUAAUGUUACGCAUUUGCAGGGGAAACUCAAGUAAACAAACGAGAGAUUUUACGUGAAGUCAAAGGCGAUUGUUUAUCUCAUGAAGAGGAGAAGGAGGACACAAUGGUCGAUAUAUGUGAUUACUCAGACUCUUUUCACAGAUUUCCGCUUAGAUACAGCCGAACUUUAGAGAACGGUUGGCUGUUUUGAACAUAGAUGUCAACACACCAACUGAGACGCUGAGGGAGAAGAACGACCGCAUCUGUAAAAUGAUCAAUAUGGUGAUUAUUACUUAAAGGAAAUGAUAAAGAAAUGAUCAUAAAUGUUCUUCCUUGAGCUGCGGCACCCCGCUGUAGUCCGUAAUAGACUGGCCUGAGGUCUCUCUACAAACAAGCGUCCGCUGGAAGAGAGUAGGUGAGUUGUGUUUAGUCUCUUUGCUAAAGAAAUGAGUCAAAGUUGGAUACGAUGGGGUCCGAGGAAGGCGUCAUCUGAAAGAAAGAUUUCGUUAACAGAAGUCAGCUGAUUGGUUUAGAGAUUAUUAAAAUACUUAAAUCUGACAGUGUGUGUGUGUGUGUGUGUGUGUGUGUGUGUGUGUGUGUGUGUGUGUGUGUGUGUGUGUGUGUGUGUGUGUGUGUGAGUCCUUGUGUGUGAGACUGUUGUUCACAUGAAACAGAAGCAGCAGAUGGAGACUAUUUUUACUCCUCUGAUCAGAAUCAGUUUGUUCGGUUGGUUGAAGAUCCUGUCCGACAGAAAAUAUUAGAUUAAGAACGAAAAAAUAAAACGAGAAUAAAAUCACGUUGAAAUAAAAAAAAAAUCACAUGAUUAGGAAGUAAAACUCACACAGCUCUUCUCCUCCUUCUUCUUCUUCUUCUGUGGUGUGUGUGUGUGCAGCUGCCCAUCGUGGCUUCUUCUAUGGUGUCUCUGUACUUCCUGGAGCUGACCGACGUGGUGCAGCCGGCUCAGGUGGGUUUCCGCUGCCACGACAGAGACCUCAGCAUGCCGUACGUGGACGGAGGAGACGAGCUGAUCCCCCUGCUGAUGCUGUUGAGCCUGGCCUUCGCCGGACCAGCUGCCUCGGUGACUCACACUCACACACUGUAACACACACAGACACACACGCUGCAUCAUAAGUUAGACCCUGAUAGGCAGAUGAUUCUCUUCUGCAUGAUCAUGGAAAUAAUGGAGGGUUUCUUCACGAUACUGACUAAAGGAAGCUGAAAUAGAAGUGGUCCGAGCCGUGAACCUUGAGGAACUCCAUGACUAACCUCAGUAUACGAAGAAGACUCCAAACGAAGAUCGAGCCCGUCAUAGUAGGGCUGGGCGAUAAAACGAUAACGAUAUAUAUCGAAAAUUAAUUUCCCUCAAUAUCAAUAUCAAACAUGAUCAAUAUGCUUUUCGAUAGUCGUCAUUCUGCCAUGUUUUGGUCGACUAUAUGAAUAGCCAAUUAAAAGAGGAGUUGCUCCAGGUCCACUUUGCUCUGAACCAAUCAUGUGUGUCGUAGCAGACAGCAGCUCCACCCAACCAUAGCACUUUAACAGGUGAAGCCGACAGCACUGUUGGUGAGAAACAAAGAAAAUGAGUGCUACCCCCGACAGAAAUGACCAUGAAGGCUCAACAGAUGACCACAUCAAUGUCAACCACAACACUGGCGUUAGGAAAACGUCGGUGGUGUGGAGGUAUUUUGGUUUUUGGAGGUCGGACAUGAAGCAGAGUAAUGUGGACCGUAAAUUAUGUCGAGUACAUGUUCUCACAAACAGACGACCAUUCAGUCGGCUUUCUCUAGAGCGACGCCUUACGACAAAACGCCAAAGAGACACAGAGACCUCACAGAUGCAGGAGAUUAUUGUGUUGGAAAAGACAUGAGACCAAUAAACACUUUUACAUUUUUAUAUCCUGAUAUUGAUCCAUAUCAGCUGAUAGGAAAACAAAUAUAUCCUGAUAAACUUCUUCUCAUAUUGUCCAGACCUACGUUAUUGUGUUCAAAGUUCCUGUAAGAACAGCUGGUGGUUCUUGAUUCUGUAACAGGAUGAUCGUGUUAAUCCGAUCAAAUGUUAGGUGUUAAGGUAGGAAGGGGCGGGGCUUAAACGAACAGGUGUUCUAUGAUUGAAACCAGCAACAGUUUAAACAGAAUCAGCUGGACCUGGUUGUGUUUCUUUUGUGUGUCUCUCUCAGACUGAUUGUGUGUUUGUUUUGUGUGUCUCUCAGACUGAUUGUGUGUUUGUUUUGUGUGUCUCUCUUAGACUGAUUGUGUAUUUGUUUUGUGUCUCUCUCAGACUGAUUGUGUGUUUGUUUUGUGUCUCUCUCAGACUGAUUGUGUGUUUGUUUUGUGUGUCUCUCUCAGACUGAUUGUGUGUUUGUUGAGUGUCUCUCUCAGACUGAUUGUGUGUUUGUUUUGUGUGUCUCUCUCAGACUGAUUGUGUGUUUGUUUUGUGCGUCUCUCUCAGACUGAUUGUGUGUUUGUUUUGUGCGUCUCUCAGACUGAUUGUGUGUUUGUUUUGUGCGUCUCUCUCAGACUGAUUGUGCGUUUAUUUUGUGUGUGUCUCUCAGACUGAUUGUGUGUUUGUUUUGUGUCUCUCAGACUGAUUGUGUGUUUGUUUUGUGUGCGUCUCUCAGACUGAUUGUGUGUUUGUUUUGUGAGUCUCUCUCAGACUGAUUGUGUGUUUGUUUUGUGUGUCUCUCUCAGACUGAUUGUGUGUUUGUUGAGUGUCUCUCUCAGACUGAUUGUGUGUUUGUUUUGUGCGUCUCUCAGACUGAUUGUGUGUUUGUUUUGUGUCUCUCUCAGACUGAUUGUGUGUUUGUUGAGUGUCUCUCUCAGACUGAUUGUGUGUUUGUUUUGUGCGUCUCUCUCAGACUGAUUGUGUGUUUGUUUUGUGUCUCUCUCAGACUGAUUGUGUGUUUGUUGAGUGUCUCUCUCAGACUGAUUGUGUAUUUGUUUUGUGUCUCUCUCAGACUGAUUGUGUGUUUGUUUUGUGUGUCUCUCUCAGACUGAUUGUGUGUUUGUUUUGUGCGUCUCUCAGACUGAUUGUGUGUUUGUUGAGUGUCUCUCUUAGACUGAUUGUGUGUUUGUUUUGUGCGUCUCUCAGACUGAUUGUGUGUUUGUUUUGUGUGUCUCUCUCAGACUGAUUGUGUGUUUGUUUUGUGCGUCUCUCUCAGACUGAUUGUGUGUUUGUUUUGUGUCUCUCUCAGACUGAUUGUGUGUUUGUUUUGUGUGUCUCUCUCAGACUGAUUGUGUGUUUGUUUUGUGUGUCUCUCUCAGACUGAUUGUGUGUUUUUUUUGUGUGUCUCUCUCAGACUGAUUGUGUGUUUGUUUUGUGUGUCUCUCUCAGACUGAUUGUGUGUUUUUUUUGUGUGUCUCUCUCAGACUGAUUGUGUGUUUGUUUUGUGCGUCUCUCAGACUGAUUGUGUGUUUGUUGUGUGUCUCUCUCAGACUGAUUGUGUGUUUGUUUUGUGUGUCUCUCUCAGACUGAUUGUGUGUUUGUUGAGUGUCUCUCUUAGACUGAUUGUGUGUUUGUUGUGUGUCUCUCUCAGACUGAUUGUGUGUUUGUUUUGUGUGUCUCUCUCAGACUGAUUGUGUGUUUGUUGAGUGUCUCUCUUAGACUGAUUGUGUGUUUGUUUUGUGUGUCUCUCUCAGACUGAUUGUGUGUUUGUUUUGUGUGUCUCUCUCAGACUGAUUGUGUGUUUGUUGUGUGUCUCUCUCAGACUGAUUGUGUGUUUGUUUUGUGUGUCUCUCUCAGACUGAUUGUGUGUUUGUUUUGUGUCUCUCUCAGACUGAUUGUGUGUUUGUUUUGUGUGUCUCUCAGACUGAUUGUGUGUUUGUUUUGUGUGUCUCUCAGACUGAUUGUGUGUUUGUUUUGUGUGUCUCUCUCAGACUGAUUGUGUGUUUGUUUUGUGUGUCUCUCAGACUGAUUGUGUGUUUGUUGAGUGUCUCUCUUAGACUGAUUGUGUGUUUGUUGAGUGUCUCUCUUAGACUGAUUGUGUGUUUGUUUUGUGUGUAUCUCUCAGACUGAUUGUGUGUUUGUUUUGUGUGUCUCUCAGACUGAUUGUGUGUUUGUUUUGUGUCUCUCAGACUGAUUGUGUGUUUGUUGAGUGUCUCUCUUAGACUGAUUGUGUGUUUGUUGAGUGUCUCUCUUAGACUGAUUGUGUGUUUGUUUUGUGUGUAUCUCUCAGACUGAUUGUGUGUUUGUUUUGUGUGUCUCUCUCAGACUGAUUGUGUAUUUGUUUUGUGUAUCUCUCAGACUGAUUGUGUAUUUGUUUUGUGCGUCUCUCUCAGACUGAUUGUGUGUUUGUUUUGUGCGUCUCUCUCAGACUGAUUGUGUGUUUGUUUUGUGCGUCUCUCUCAGACUGAUUGUGUGUUUGUUUUGUGUCUCUCUCAGACUGAUUGUGUGUUUGUUUUGUGCGUCUCUCUCAGACUGAUUGUGUGUUUGUUUUGUGUGUCUCUCUCAGACUGAUUGUGUGUUUUUUUUUGUGUGUCUCUCUUAGACUGAUUGUGUAUUUGUUUUGUGUAUCUCUCAGACUGAUUGUGUGUUUGUUGAGUGUCUCUCUCAGACUGAUUGUGUGUUUGUUUUGUGCGUCUCUCUCAGACUGAUUGUGUGUUUGUUGAGCGUCUCUCUCAGACUGAUUGUGUGUUUGUUUUGUGUGUCUCUCUCAGACUGAUUGUGUGUUUGUUUUGUGUGUCUCUCUCAGACUGAUUGUGUGUUUGUUUUGUGUGUCUCUCAGACUGAUUGUGUGUUUGUUUUGUGUGUCUCUCAGACUGAUUGUGUGUUUGUUUUGUGCGUCUCUCAGACUGAUUGUGUGUUUGUUUUGUGUGUCUCUCAGACUGAUUGUGUGUUUGUUGAGUGUCUCUCUCAAACUGAUUGUGUGUUUGUUUUGUGCGUCUCUCUUAGACUGAUUGUGUGUUUGUUUUGUGUGUCUCUCUCAGACUGAUUGUGUGUUUGUUUUGUGUGUCUCUCUCAGACUGAUUGUGUGUUUGUUUUGUGUGUCUCUCUCAGACUGAUUGUGUGUUUGUUAAGUGUCUCUCUUAGACUGAUUGUGUGUUUGUUUUGUGUGUCUCUCUCAGACUGAUUGUGUGUUUGUUGAGUGUCUCUCAGACUGAUUGUGUGUUUGUUUUGUGCGUCUCUCUCAGACUGAUUGUGUGUUUGUUUUGUGUGUCUCUCUCAGACUGAUUGUGUGUUUGUUUUGUGUGUCUCUCUCAGACUGAUUGUGUGUUUGUUUUGUGUGUCUCUCUCAGACUGAUUGUGUGUUUGUUUUGUGUGUCUCUCUCAGACUGAUUGUGUAUUUGUUUUGUGUGUCUCUCAGACUGAUUGUGUGUUUGUUUUGUGUGUCUCUCUCAGACUGAUUGUGUAUUUGUUUUGUGUGUCUCUCAGACUGAUUGUGUGUUUGUUUUGUGUGUCUCUCAGACUGAUUGUGUGUUUGUUUUGUGUGUCUCUCUCAGACUGAUUGUGUGUUUGUUUUGUGUGUCUCUCUCAGACUGAUUGUGUGUUUGUUUUGUGUGUCUCUCUCAGACUGAUUGUGUGUUUGUUUUGUGUGUCUCUCUCAGACUGAUUGUGUAUUUGUUUUGUGUGUCUCUCAGACUGAUUGUGUGUUUGUUUUGUGUGUCUCUCUCAGACUGAUUGUGUAUUUGUUUUGUGUGUCUCUCAGACUGAUUGUGUGUUUGUUUUGUGUGUCUCUCAGACUGAUUGUGUGUUUGUUUUGUGUGUCUCUCUCAGACUGAUUGUGUGUUUGUUUUGUGCGUCUCUCUUAGACUGAUUGUGUGUUUGUUUUGUGUGUCUCUCUCAGACUGAUUGUGUGUUUGUUGAGUGUCUCUCUCAGACUGAUUGUGUGUUUGUUUUUUGUGCGUCUCUCUCAGACUGAUUGUGUGUUUGUUUUGUGUGUCUCUCUCAGACUGAUUGUGUGUUUGUUUUGUGCGUCUCUCAGACUGAUUGUGUGUUUGUUGAGUGUCUCUCUUAGACUGAUUGUGUGUUUGUUGAGUGUCUCUCUCAGACUGAUUGUGUGUUUGUUGUGUGUCUCUCUCAGACUGAUUGUGUGUUUGUUUUGUGCGUCUCUCUCAGACUGAUUGUGUGUUUGUUUUGUGCGUCUCUCUCAGACUGAUUGUGUGUUUGUUGAGUGUCUCUCUUAGACUGAUUGUGUGUUUGUUUUGUGCGUCUCUCUCAGACUGAUUGUGUGUUUGUUUUGUGCGUCAGAUCAUGCUGGUUGAAGGUCUGGUCUACUGUCUUCAGUCCAGACUGAAGCUCCGCAGAGCCGAGGGGAGCAUCAACGCCGGCGGCUGCAACUUCAACUCCUUCCUCAGGAGGACGGUGCGCUUCGUAGGUACGACUCUGACUGUGACACCCGCUGCACCAAACAUUCCUGUAACAACACCUGUGACAGGUUCAGGAGCAGGUUAACUUAUCUGUUCCUGCAGGUGGAUUUGUUAUUCAAUUUGACUUUUAAUGUCAAAAUAAACAAAACAAGUAGAAUUUUAAAAAACUAUGAAAACAUGAUCAUAAGUAUUCCAGGCUCCAUCAGUCACGACUCAAGUGGAAUCAAAUGAAACAAUUUUAUAAGAAACAUAGAUCAAUAAUUCCUCCACCUUCACCUGUAACAUCCACAAUAUUACCUGUCUGUGUCUCACCUGUCCGUCUCUCACCUGCCUGUCUCUCACCUGUCUGUCUCUCACCUGUUGCUCUCUCACCUGCCUGUCUCUCACCUGUCCGUCUCUCACCUGUUGCUCUCUCACCUGUCUGUCUCUCACCUGUCCGUCUCUCACCUGUCUGUCUCUCACCUGUCUUUCUCUCACCUGUUGCUCUCUCACCUGUCCGUCUCUCACCUGUAUCACCCUCACCUCUCAGGUGUGCACGUGUUCGGCCUCUGUGCAACAGCUCUGGUCACUGACAUCAUCCAGCUGUCGACAGGUUACCACGCCCCUUUUUUCCUCACCGUCUGUAAACCCAACUACACGCUGGUGGGUGUGUCAUGUGACCAAAAUGCUUACAUCACUAAAGACAUCUGCUCAGGUCACGACCAGCACGCCAUCAUGGCUGCCAGGUGAGUUUUCUUCUUCUUCUUCUUCUUCUUCUUCUUCUUCUUGUCGUUUUUCAGGUGAACUCUGGAUCUGAGUUUGUUUCUGCUUUCUUCUUAACAGGAAGACUUUCCCUUCCCAGCAUGCAACUCUGUCCGCCUUCGCCGCUGUUUACGUGUCUGUAAGUUUGACUCCUGACGUUUGUUUGCAGACAUGUUUACACGGGCGCGGCGUUGAUCAGCUGUGUCUUUGCCGUGUUUCAGAUGUACUUCAACUCCACCAUCUCCGACAGCACCAAGCUGCUCAAACCCGUGCUCGUGUUUGCGUUUGCGAUCGCGGCGGCGUUGACGGGUCUGACUCAGAUCACGCAGCACCGCAGUCACCCCAUCGACGUCUACGUGGGCUUCCUGAUCGGCGCCUUCAUCGCUGCGUACCUGGUGAGAAACUCGAUGUAUUUAGACAGUUUUUCAGUUACAAGGUCAGUGUGUGUGUGUGUGCGUGUGUGUGUGUGUGUGCGUGUGUGUGUGUGUGUGUGUGUGUGUGGAUAACGAGGCUGCAGAAACUUUGCUUUUAGAUGAUUAAACCAACCCCUCUGUUGUCAUGGACAUCUCUUUGUAACCGUUUCUAUGGCAACUGCAUCACCAUGAAACAGAAGGUGUAGAGAGUCAGCAGACAGAGGAAACAUGAUUCAACACACUUCAGCACCACCCACACAUUUAACACACACACACACACACACACAGCAUGCACACCAAACACCACACUGAGCGACAACGACGACAAAAACAGUUUUCGAUAAAUUAUCCUCUGAUACAAAACUGUGAUUUACUCCUGACUGACUGAACCGACAUGACCUCCAGAGAGUUCAAGGUCAGAGGUCGUCAUCAGGAGUCUCGGCUUCACAAACACGACGCUUUAAAGUCAUGGUUGACGAUUGUAGAGAUUGUUAAUUAUCAUGAACUUCGUUUCUAUGGCGAUCAUGGUCCUAUAGUUUGAUCUCCACAAAGUGAAGAGAAAAAAGAACGAAGAAAUCUGUUCACCCUAUCAGGUGCAGGACUGCUAAAACAUCGACCAAUGGGAGCCAUCCGUCCCGGACAGCUCCUAUUGGUGAAUCUCCUGCUCCGCCUCUCCAUCCAAUCACCUCGCUGUAUUCGACACACCCCUCUCCCGUAGUUCCGACUCGUCCCCUCCCACUCUCACGGCCCUCCUCGGAGCUCUGAGCGGCUAAAAGUAGCGUAGCAGCUUAGCUACAGGAGCUGUGGUGGAGAAGGACGCAAAAAAAAAAAACGAUUCCGAUCGUCAACCACGACUUUAAUGAUCACAGCGCCAUAAUCUGUCAGGUCACAUGACUCUUUUGAGAUUUUGUUUUUCUUCUUCAGGCUUUUCACGCAGUCGCCAACUUCAAGUCCUCAGAUGACAUCAUCGUUGCCCCGCCUCCCCCGCCCCCCAAGGAGGACCCUCUGCGGGCUCUGACGGAGCGAGGUCAUGACUCGGUCUACAACAAAGGUCCCGCCUCCGCCUCAGAGAGUAACGACGAGAUAGCUGCCGCUCCAGCCCCCCUGGACCGGCUUGAGGGUCUGGGGCCUCUGGGGCCCCUGCAAAGGGAGAAGGACUCCAUGGGGAGCCUGAAGAGGGCGAGUGUGGAUGUGGAGCUGCUGGCCCCCCGGAGCCCCAUGGGGAAGGAGACCAUGCUGACCUUCAGCAACACACUGCCCAGAGCCAGCAUGAAUGCCAACGGGGUCCUAGGGGCCAAUCCAGGGUCCGAAGUGCAAGCAGUGCAGCCUGUGCAGCCAGUGCAGCCGGUGCAACCGGUGCAGCGGCGCCUGAAGGCGGUGCAGGUUCCGGUGGACCCGAUGAGGUCUCAGCAGCUGGUGUCAGAGUGGAAGCAGAAGUCGAUGGAGAUGAGGGGCCUGAGCGUCCGCGAUGAGGCAGAGCGGGAGGCCAGCGAGGACGGCUCUGAGGUCGGCUCUGUGGGGACAGACGAGGGGGGGUCCCAGGGCCACGUCUACCAGCACCCGGUGCAGUCUGGGAGGGCACCCUCAAGUCGGAACCCCACCCCACCUCCAGGGGGCCCUAAAGCUGUUGCUACUCCCAGACCGCCACAGAUCCCUGAAGCCGGACCUCCACCAGUGUCCCCAAAGAGCGCCCUGACCCGGGCCAAGUGGCUCGCCAUCCGAGAGAAGACCACCGGGGACGGGUCAGCCAGAAGUGCUGCCAACCAGCCGCGGCUCAUGCAGGUCAUCGCCAUGUCGAAGCAGCAGGGGCUCCUCCCCUCAUCCUCCUCGGGGGAGAAAUCCUCGGAGACCACCUCCACCUGCUCCGGCACCUCCUCCACCACCGACUCCCCUCACUAUCGCCCCCCCUCAGAGCCACAGAGGGAGGGGCCGGGCAUCAUCACGGUGGAUGCCCAUGCCCCGCACCAUCCUGUUGUCCAGGCUCCACCCCCUCCUCAAGCCCCUCCCUUUGCAGGUAAUGGUAACCCAUGGGAGUGGGCCGGGGCGCCUAACGGUGGUGACCCACGUGACACGUAUGACCUCAACAGCAUGACCCGGGGAGACUCCGCCGCCCGCGGCAGCAGCUUUCGGCCCCAGCGAUCCGCCUCACCUCGUGCAACCAUCGACCCUGACUUGGCUCCGCCCCCCUCUCACUCCCAGGUGGAGAUGUCGGCGGACGCUCAGCGCAGGGAGAUGGCCAUGAGGCGCAAGACGGCUCUGGUUCUGCUGGAUCGGGAGAUCCGAAACCAGAGCGAGCAGGAGAACUAUUACAAGAGUCUGCAGGGACGCAGGUACAAAGAUUAGUCUCUUACCUUUCAAAAUAAAAGCCUUAUUCUCAAACUGCUCAUUUACAGCACAGAACUGGACAGCAGAGAGGAAGUGUGAAUGUGCGUCCUUUGGUUUCAUGUGAUGGACGGUCAGAGUUCCCAUCCUGGAGGUCAGAUCAGCGGUUCAACACGGGGACGGUUUCUGCUCAAACAAACAUUUACAAACAAGCACAGAGUCGUCGUCAUCGUAGGGACGUUAGCACGUUAACAAUAAUAAUAUUAGCAGAAAACGAGCAAAUUUAACUAACCUUAGAAUCUGCCCCGCCCUUUACUCAAAUAGGAGUUGUACACCUGAGGGUUUGAUUGACAAGCCGCCACCAUGGCAACCUGUCAACUAGAAAACAACCAGGCGUAUCGGCUGUCCUGUCUUAUACGGUCACUUCAGAUGGCCUGAUGCACCAAUAGACUGUAUGUUUUAUUUUGAAGGGCUCAUUACAGUAAAAACAUGAACCUUUAACCCGGACCUGAAGAUCCAAUGAGGAAUCAGACGUCGGACUAAAGUGACAGCCCAAGAUAUGCAGGUCUGCGCUAGUUUGAUGUUAUUCAAGGUAAAAACAGAAAAAGCCCCAAAAAACGAGGGCUAACGCUGCGUUCCAGUCACCUCAGGAGUCAGAUGUCGUAACUGGGAAUGACGUUAGACCUGAGUUGACGGCGUUCCGGUUAACAAGUUGGAAAACCAAGAUGGAUGCCAACAGUUACCCGUCGUUAGCUGUUGCCAGCGGUUGUGAGUUGUUGUUAGCUGUACCAGUUGUAAACAAUCCAAAACACAGUAUUUUACUCUUACUGUACAACAUAAGCCGCUUAUUUAAUUUCAUAAAAACAAAGUAGAAGUGAUAAUAAAUAAAACAUUACAGGAGCUUUCACUGUUACUCUACUGUUGAUGCUCUGCCAUCUUGAAUUAUGACAGGGGUUGGUGAUGAUUGUCCAACUUUGCAAGUCAGAUAUCCGACUUCAGGGGGGCAUUCCGGACGAAUUUCCGACUAGCAGCUCGGAAAUUCGACUUCUGAGUACAGCUGGAACGCAGCGUUAGACUCGAAGGGUUGAUACUGCCCACUGAGAAAACCGCUAAAGCCAUAAAAACACAUAAAAACACUUAAAUGCAUUCAGCAGACUCUGCACAUGCUCAGACCUUCGAUAUUUACCGCUGCUAUCGCUGCCUGUGUCUCCUGCUGCCCCGAUCACCGUACCGACCGUGUUAGAAUCCCGUCGGUCCUGACCCCUGACCCCUGAGGACGUUAUCGUCAUUACCUGAAAUAUCUCCAACAGACUGAAUAAUAGUGCGUUCGAGUAACCUCGGGAGUCAGAAGUCGGCAAUGAAAAUGGCGUCACACCCGAGUUCUAGCGUUUCAGUUACCGAGUCGGAAAAAAGAAAAAUCGGAGGUGGAAGAUGGCUAAAUCUACGAAAGUUAUUUUAGCGCUUGUCUUGUCCGAAAAUAAGCGAAGACAAGGCAAGCGCUAAAGUAACUUCCGAAGAUGUCGCCAUCUUGUUUCCGCCUCAGAUUUUGCUUUUUUUUCCGACUCUUUAACUGAAACGCUGGAACUCGGGUGUGACGUCAUCUUCAGCUCGGACUUCUGACUUCCGAGGAAACUCGAACGCAGCAUAAUUAUUCAAUCACAACGAUGCAGUAAACACACAAACGCCGUGUGAGUAUGUAUGUGUGUCAGUAAUAUAAACUCCUCCCCCUGACCUCCAUCUUGAAAAGCGUUGACAGUGUGGAGCCAACAACAGGACUGUUUCCAUGGCAACCCCUUGUGUUGAUCAUACGACAGACUGAGCUGAGGUCAGAGGUCACAGAGACGAUUUUACAGACUCACUCUGAAAGCACAAACACAACGAGCCUGAAGCCUGCAGUGAAGCUCCGCCCCCUCCGUAUCCUGCCUCGGGCCACUACCCCUCCGAUGAUGGGGCGUGGUCUCUGUGUUAAAGAGGCUUGUUGGCAGCCAUGUUGGAGCUGUCACUGGUUGUAAAUUUACGAGCGGAUGUUGUUGCCUUCUGUUGUGAUGGUUCGGUUGCUAUAGUGAUUCUCAGCAUGUUUGUUGUUAUUGAGCUGCGCUCUGAUUGGCUGAGGCUGUUGGUCUGUGUGUGUGAGUGUGUGUGUGAGUGUGUGAGUGAAGUUUGGACCAUCAUGAGAUUAGAUAUUUACAUAGAUGUUCAGAAUGUAAAGAUGCUCUCUCUGAUUUUAUUUCAAAGCUGCAGAAACUCACUGAGUCUAAAACAUUUUCACACCAAAAACACGUUUUUUUAUUCGUCAUAAAACUCUUAAACUUUGAGGGAAAUUGAAUUUUAUGAAAUAUUACUGGAGUGAAGCCUGUGAGCUAGUCCAGGCAGGCCACUCAAGCUGCACUGAUUUUACACACGAACAUAUCCUCCUAAUUUGGUGCUCGAUACGUGCAGUUUUGGAGGUUUUACGAUAUUUGGUGCCUUCAAACGGGGUCGUGUUUUUCAUGUCCAUGAAUACCUCCCUAUUUACAUAUUUACAAUAUAAGUGACGUGUCUAAUAAGGUAGCUAACCCUAACCUUAUGCUGUGUUCAAGUUACUUCGGAAGUCAGAAGUCGGAACUGGAAAUAGCGUCACACCUGAGUUCCAAGUUGGAAAAAAGCAAAAUCGGAGGCGGAAACAAGAUGGCGACAUCUACGGAAGUUAUUUUAAGCUCCGACAUCUGACUUCUGUGUAACUCAAACGUCGCAUUAGCAAGAGCACAGCUACAUAGUUUCUUAAAGGUGCAGUCCGUAGAAUGAGGAUUUUCAGAGACUCAAAGGGGUUAGAUCCAAGAACGGAUACGGUGGCCCUUGAGGACCAAAAAAGGUUGAUGCGAUAAAAUGGCGUCAUCCACACAGACACAAGAAAUUUAGCUGUUUUGAGUUAUGAGACGGGGAUGUUUUUGGUUAUUUUAUCUUUAAUUAUAGUUAAUAACUCAGAUGUUGAGUUUUUUUUUAUUGUUUUGGUAACACAAGCCGACAUUUGCAAAUUAACGUUCAACAAAAACAACAGAGUAUUCAGGCCACACGACAAAAAUACAAUUUUUAAGUCAUGAGUAUAAAUGAAUAACCCUUAGGACCUGCUGCUUCGAUAAUAUUAAAGACUUUCUGUCAGAGUUCAGGGUUAAACGAAACGGGGAAGGACUUAAAUGCAGAACGAAGGAUUUAUUUAAAAAGAACUAAAUGAAAGAACGACAAAAACUUACUUCAAAAUGUCAGAGUGAAAAAUCCCAAAGGCAAAAUCCAACAAAAAAGCACAAGGAGACGAGGAUUCACACAUCGACUAAGACCGACACACACACUGACCAACAAACACACACAGGGACUAUAUAUACACAC